AUGAAGCACUCUUUCCGACUUCUUGUUGCCCUGCCUGCUUUUGCCUCGCUGGUCGUUGGCUUCGCCGUUCCUGGGCCUGCUCUAGUUGUGCGCCAACAAGGCGGCGGAAAUGGUAACGGAAAUGGAGGCGGGGGCGGGGGCGGAGGUGGUGGUGGAGGCGCUCUUGACCCCGCGGUCAUCGCGACAGGCUUCGAAAACAACGGUCAAGGUCAACCUACCGCUGGCCAGGUCGCAUCACUCACCUCAUCGAAUAACUUCAUCAACUUCUGCUUGACGACCCCCAAUGCGCCGAUCACCAAUGGCCAGCAGAUCUCUGGUGGGUCAUGCAACCCCGCACCUAUGGGUUCCAUCCCUUCCACGGCGAACAUGCCCUCUGCCAAAUUCACCAAUCCGAAGAAUCUCGACGUUAUCCCGCCGAACCAGGCAUUCACUGUCUCUCUUGCCAUUCAAGGCAUGCAGACAGGGAAUUUUACCAAUGCCGAACAAACCUACUUCUCCGCACCCCAGCAGUUAAACGCACAAGGGCAGAUCCAGGGGCACUCCCACAUUGUCAUCGAGCAACUGGACUCACUUGCGCAAACGACGCCUACCGACCCUACGAAGUUCUCGUUCUUCAAGGGACUGAACGCGCCAGCUAAUAACGGCAUCCUCACUGCGGACGUGACGGGUGGUCUUCCGGAAGGGACAUACAAGAUCUCGACGAUCAACAGUGCCGCAAACCACCAGCCAGUCUUGGUGCCUAUUGCACAGCAUGGAUCUCUUGAUGAUGCAGUCUACGUGCGUUCAUUCCCGCGACACAUGUUUUCCAUGCACUCAUCAUCCAUCUAG